UGAUGACCAGUAGAGACCAACAUGUCCAUCAAUGCUGACGAUGAAACGAGUAAACUUCUUCGAUAUGGAGCGUCUGAAAAUGAAAAGAGUCUGGGGACUCGAAAUAAUGUUCCUCCUCACAAAGGAUACGGAGCCCGCCACACUCUAGCUGUCCUCGCAUUCUUUGGGUGUUUUAACACCUAUGCCAUGCGAUUCAAUCUUAGCGUUGCUAUGGUUGCGAUGACAAACCAUACGGACAUUCGAUCUGAUUCGAAUCUGACAACCGGAAGUGAAUGUCCAAGCAUGAAUCAAACAAAAAAGGCAGUGAAUCAGGCUCCAGAAUUUGAUUGGGAUGAGGCAACGCAGGGAUUCAUAUUGAGCUCGUUUUUCUACGGGUAUGUCGUCACUCAGAUACCCGGGGGUUGGCUAGCAGGACGAUUUGGCGGAAAACUACUUUUCGGACUGAGUGUCUUGAUACCAGGGAUUCUGACAAUUAUCACACCCCUGGUUACAAAACUAGGACCAGCUGCGCUCAUAGUUACCCGAGUUUUAGAGGGAUUAGCUGGCGGAUUGACUUUCCCAGCGCUCGCCUCCAUGCUUGGACAAUGGGUACCGGAAAUGGAAAGGACCAUAAUUCCAAUGUUCAUUUUUGCAGGUUGCAGUCUAGGAAAUACUGUAUGUCUACCAAUAGUGGGUUAUUUGUCUACAUCUGAAUCGAUGGGUGGAUGGCCGUCCGGCUUCUACAUAUUUGGCGGGCUGGCGUGCGUUUGGUAUUUAUUUUGGCAGUUUUUAGUACACAACACUCCCGUGCAGCAUCCCACAAUAUCCAAAGCGGAGCGGGAUUAUAUUCAAAGUACAACCGGAGCUACGACAGCAGUGAAAAUGUCAAGUAAAGAUUACAUCGUACCAUGGCGAGCUAUACUGACGUCAUCAGCGGUGUGGGCAGUAGUCGUUCUUAACUUUACGACGUCAUGGGGGUAUUUUGUCACGCUGACGUCACUUCCUACAUAUAUGAACAAAAUACAGAAAUACGAUAUCGCACAGGAUGGCCUAUUGGUUGCACUUCCUGAUCUCGUCAACCUUAUAUUAGGACUCAUCACAAGCUGGAUAUCAGACUACCUACGUCAAAAAGGGUACCUGUCGACAGUAGCCGUCCGAAAACUCACAACUUUAAUUGGACUGUCGGCGGCCGCCGUAGUGCUUCCGUUCAUCACUCUUGCCGGAUGUAACAACGUGGUUGUCGUAUUACUUAUUGUGGCCGGGAACGGAAUGCUGGGAGUUUCCGUGACAGGCCUUAGCUCAAACAUAUACGACAUAGGCCAUAACUAUGCAGGUACACUUUCUGGAAUCUCCAAUUUCUUCGGGAAUAUGCCAGGGAUAAUAGCGCCUUACGCUGUUGGCCUUAUCACAAAUAAUCAGGAAACCAUGGCGAGAUGGGAGAUAGUUUUCUACAUAUCCAUGGCUCUGUAUUUAUUUGGACUUGUCUCGUUUCUCAUAUUUGGCAAAGGAUCAGAACAACCUUGGAACAGGGUUCCCAAGGAAAUGACACACUAUACCGAAACUAAGGAGCAAUAACUAUAACUUAACUGUUGUAAAUCUACAUUAGGUCUGUACUGAUUAUGUCAAGGAAACUUCCAUUGCCACUUUAAUAUACGUAGAUAAGGAUUGAUUAUCGCAGAUUGGAGACAAAACGUCCAAGCUGAUGUGGUUUCGUCAGUUGGACGACUCGUCUCCUAUCUGCGUGUAAUUUAUGUGUUGUUAUGAUUUUUGUUUUUGUUAAUAAA